ACGAAUCUUUGUCGUUUUUUUCCCUCAGGAAACGAGACGUUCGAGAAGCUAGGAGCAAUCGGCACGCUCUCCAACUUGCUCAUCUACCUCACCACCGUCUUCAACCUCUCCAACAUCAAAGCCGCCACCAUCAUCUCCGUCUUCAACGGCACCGCAAACUUCGGCACCCUCCUCGGCGCCUACAUCUGCGACACUUUCCUCGGCCGCUACAACACCCUCGCCGCCGCCUCCCUCGCCUCCUUCCUCGGGCUGCUUCUGAUUCAACUGACAGCAGCAAUCCCGGGCCUGCACCCGCCGUCAUGCGGCAAAUCAUCCGACGCCGCCACGUGCAAGCAACCGACGGGCGGCCAAAUGAGCUUCCUCCUGACCGGAUUCGCCCUCAUGAUAAUCGGCGCCGGCGGGAUCCGACCCUGCAACCUGGCAUUCGGAGUGGAUCAGUUCAACCCGAAUACAGAGUCCGGCAGAAGAGGGAUCAACAGCUUCUUCAAUUGGUACUUCUUCACAUUCACGUUCGCCAAGAUGAUCUCCGUCACUUUAAUCGUCUACAUCCAGGCCAACGUCAGCUGGUCGAUCGGGCUCGCGAUUCCGGCGAUCCUGAUGCUGAUCUCCUGCGCUCUGUUCUUCGGCGGCACAAAAAUGUACGUCAUCGUGAAAGCCAGCGGCAGUCCCGUCACCAGCUUGAUUCAGGUGUUCGUCGUAUCGAUCAAGAAACGGAAUUUGAAGUAUUUGGAUUCGAAUUCCCUCUUCAAUUACAUUCCUAAAAAAUCAAUCAACAAGCCCCUGCCUCACACCGACCAGUUCAAUUGGCUGGACAGAGCGGCAAUUUUGACUCCCGCGGACAAAAUUAAUUCGGAAGACGGCUCCCCGGAGAAUCCGUGGAACCUCUGCAGCCUGCAGCAGGUGGAGGAAGCGAAAUGCGUGGUAAGGGUCCUUCCGAUUUGGGUCUCCGGCAUAAUCUACUACCUCGCCAUCGCGCAGCAGGGCACCUACGCGAUCUUCCAGGCCAAUCAAGCGGACCGGCGGAUGGGCAACACCAAAUUCCAGGUACCCGCGGCGACGUACGGCGUGUUCCUCAUGCUCAGCCUGACGGCAUUCAUUCCGGUCUACGACCGUGUCCUCGUCCCCUUCCUCCGGCGGCUCACCGGGAAAGAAGGCGGGAUCACGAUCCUCCAGAGGCUGGGCGUCGGAGUGCUGAUCUCUGUCCUCUCGAUGCUCGUCUCCGGCGUGGUGGAAGAGCAGCGCAGGCGCAUUGCCCUCACCAGGCCGACGCUCGGGAUGUCGGAUCGAAACAGGGGAGAGAUCUCGUCGAUGUCGGCGUUCUGGCUGGUGCCGCAGUUCGUGCUCGCCGGACUGGCGGAGGUGUUCGGCGCCGUCGGGCAGGUGGAGUUCUACUACAAGCAGUUUCCGGAGAACAUGAGGAGCGUAGCGGGGGCGUUGAAUUAUUGCGGGAUAGCGGCGGGGAGUUACCUCAGCACGGCGCUGAUACAGCUUGUUCACCGGACGACGGAAGGGGCGCCGACGGGGAACUGGUUGCCGGAGGAUUUGAACAAGGGGAGGCUCGAUUAUUACUAUUACUUGGUUGGUGGGUUGGGGGUUUUAAACUUUGGCUACUUUUUGUGGUGUUCGAGUGGGUACCGAUACAAGAAGGCGAAAGAUGAGGUGGUCCAACCGGAGGUGAAAGGGUCGGCUUGA